CUUCCGCGACCAAAGCCUUCACCGUUGGCGUUGCUUUCUGUUUCGGUUCUUCCUCCCUACUCUCUCUCUCUCCCUACACGCCGAUUGCCUUUGCAAGCACACAAAAGAGCGAGCGAGAGAGAGAGAGAGAGAGCUCCAUCAAUAAACUGCCCGGGAGCAAUGGCAGCGGAUUUACCGGAAGCGACGUUGCAGAACGUCGUGGACCAGGACUCCCUCCAGUGGGUGUUCGUCGGGGGAAAGGGCGGCGUCGGCAAGACCACCUGCAGCUCGAUCCUGGCGAUCCUUCUCGCUAGGUUUCGUCCCUCUGUCCUCAUCAUCUCCACCGACCCCGCCCACAACCUCAGCGAUGCCUUCCACCAGCGCUUCACCAAAACCCCUACCCUCGUCAAUGGAUUCACCAAUCUCUACGCAAUGGAGGUGGAUCCCAAUGUCGAGCAUGAAGAUGUUGGUGGUCCUGAAGGUAUGGAUAGCUUAGUCUCUGAGCUAGCAAAUGCCAUACCUGGGAUUGAUGAGGCGAUGAGCUUUGCUGAGAUGCUGAAAUUGGUGCAAACGAUGGAUUAUUCUGUUAUAGUAUUUGAUACUGCUCCAACGGGCCAUACACUUCGGUUAUUGCAGUUUCCGUCAACCUUGGAGAAGGGGUUAGCUAAAAUGAUGACUCUGAAGAAUAGAUUUGGUGGUCUGCUGAAUCAGAUGACACGUCUAUUUGGUCUUGAUGAUGAAUUUGGCGAGGAUGCUCUCUUGGGAAGGCUUGAGGGCAUGAAAGAUGUGAUUGAACAAGUAAAUAAGCAAUUUAAAGACCCGGACUUGACUACAUUUGUUUGUGUUUGCAUCCCUGAGUUCCUCUCGCUUUAUGAAACGGAGAGGCUGGUACAAGAACUCACCAAGUUUGAGAUAGAUACCCACAAUAUUAUCAUUAAUCAAGUAAUUUUCGAUGAAGACGAUUCCGAGUCGAAGUUACUCAGAGCAAGAAUGAAGAUGCAGCAAAAAUACCUCGAUCAGUUCUAUAUGUUGUAUGAUGACUUCCACAUCACAAAGCUCCCUUUGCUACCAGAAGAGGUUACUGGAGUUGAAGCUCUAAAAGCAUUUUCGAGGCACUUUCUCACGCCUUAUCAACCUUCCAACAGCAGAGGCACAGUCGAAGAUCUCGAACGGAGAGUUUCCACUCUGAGGCGGCAGCUGAGAGAUGCUGAAGAGGAGUUAGAAAGACUUCGGAGAGGGAAGCAAAAGGCGUAAAGCUUCUGUCAACCACUUCUUUUUAAACGUCCCUCCUCUCUGAAAAUCAAUGCGGGGCACUUAACAUAAAAUCCCGAAUCAAUUUCCUUUUUUGUAAUUCCGAUUGGUAGCUUUACUUUCGUUGUCUAAUGUGUUUGUUGCAUCCUUUCUAGUUCUUCCUUUCGGAACUCAAUUGUUGGAUAUUUGUAUCAUGACUAUUGUAUACAAUAAUUUCUCCUAGUUUUUAUUUGAGAGCAGUUUUGUCCAUCUCUA